AUGGCGGCCUCACCAGCGGGGGAUGUUGGGGGCAACAGCUCUGCUCCCAUCAUCGGCAGACAGAGCAGUGGGAAAAGAGGCUCCCACAACUCAGCGGUGUCCCCUACAUUUCAGGAACAUGCUGCCACCCGGGUGUUAGGCUGCAGGGUGUGCCCUGCUCUUACGCCAGUGUGGAAUGGUAGUGGUGAGCAGGCCUGUGGGAGGUGUGCCCAGGUAGAGGAGCUCCUUCGCCUGGUGGUGGAGUUCCUUGAGGAGGUGAGUCAAUUGAGAAGUAUAAGGGAGUGUGAGCAAGAGAUAGAUCGCUGGAGUUGCACCCUGCCUUCCCUGAAAGAAGCACAUCAGGCAGACAGAGCUCUGCAUACAGAGCACUCCCCACCCUCCAGCAGCGUGGCUGAAUGUGGAGAUUCAGAGGACAGGGGCCAGUGGCAACAAGUCCCUGCCCGGCGUGGCAGGUGUGCCUCCCAAGUAACCCCCACACCAUCCCAGGUGCCCUUGCAAAACAGAUACGAUGUUCUGCAAAGGGAACCAGAGGAUGACAGCUCGCCGAACUUGGAGGUGUCACUGAGACCAAGAUGGAUUACGCCUCGUAUAACAACUUUCUCAGUAAUGAAAGAAAGACGUGUCCUUGUAGUAGGGGACUUGAUUCUGAAGGGAGUGGAGGGUCCCAUAUGUAGACGAGACCCAAUCCGUAGAGAAGUCUGCUGUCUUCCUGGGGACAGAGUUAAGGAUGUCCAGAGGAAACUCCCUACCCUAGUUCGGCCUGUUGACUACUACCCAUUAAUGAUUUUUCAGUUAGGCAAUGACGAAAUUUCAGGAAGAAGCCUGAGGGCAAUGAAGAAAGACUUCAGGGCCCUGGGAUGGGUGGUUAGGGCAUCAGGAGCACAAGUAAUGUUUGCUUCUAUCCCACCAGUUGCUAGGAUUGAUGAGGAGAUAGACAGGAAACGCCAGCUGAUCGAUGCCUGGCUCAGAGACUGGCGUCAUUGGCAGGACUUUGGGUUCUUUGAUCAUGGGCUGCUUUUCAAGACACCAGGCCUGCUGGCAACAAAUGGGGAAAAAAUUAGGAGGGCCAAAUCCCAGCUAGAACUAAACCUGGCUUCUGCUGUCAAGGACAACAAAAAAAAAUGUUUCUAUAAAUAUGUUAGCAAUAAAAAGAGAACCAAGGAUAAUCUCUGUCCUCUAGUAGACAGGGCCGGUAACAUAGUGACCAAGGAUGAGGAGAAGGCUGAGGUCCUUAAUGCCAUCUUUGCCUCAGUCUUCUGCAGUAGGACCAGUUGUUACCUGAGUAUCCAGACCUCUGAGCUAGAAGACAGGGAUGGGGAGGAGAAUGAAGCCCCUGUAAUCCAAGGGGAAAUGGUGAGGGGCCUGCUUCAGCACCUGGAGAUACACAACUCUAUGGGGCCGGAUAGAAUCCAUCCAAGGGUACUGAGGGAGCUGGCAGAAGUUCUAUCCAGGCCACUUUGCAUCAUUUAUGAGCAGUCCUGGCUAACCGGGGAGGUCCCAGCUGACUGGAGGUUGGCAAAUGUGACACCUAUCCACAAGAAGGGCCGGAAGGAGGAUCCAGGGAACUAUAGGCCAGUCAGUCUGACCUCAGCGCCUGGGAAGGUCAUGGAACAGAUCAUCAUCAGUGCCAUUACACGGCACGUGCAGGAGAACAGGGUGAUCAGGCCCAGUCAGCAUGGGUUUGUGAAAGGCAGGUCAUGCCUGACAAAGCUGAUCUCCUUCUAUGAUAAGGUGACACGCUUAGUGGAUGAGGGAAAAGCUGUGGAUGGUAUCUACCUGGAUUUUAGCAAAUCUUUUGACACUGUUUCCCACAGCAUUCUCCUGGAGAAACUAGCUGCUUGUGACCUGGACAGGUGUACUCUUGACUGUGUAAAAAACUGGCUGGAUGGUCAUGCCCAGAGAGUGGUGGUGAAUGGAGUUAAAUCCAGUUGGUGUCUGGUCACAAGUGGUGUUCUUGAGGGCUCGGUGCUGGUUCUCUUUAGUAUCUUCAUCAGUGACCUGGACGAGGGGAUCGAAUGCACCCUCAGUAAGUUCGCAGAUGACACUAAGCUAGGUGAGCAUGUUGAUCUGCUUGAGGGUAGGAUGGUUCUACAGAGGGAUCUGGACAGGCUGGACUGAUGGGCCAAGGCUAAUGGUAUGAGGUUCAACAAGGCCAAGUGCCAGAUCCUGCACAUGGGUCACAACAACCUCAAGCAGCGCUACAGGACUGGGGCAGAGUGGCUCGAAAGCUGCCUGGUAGAAAAGGACCUGGGGAUGUUAGUGGACAUCUGGCUGGAUAUGAGCCAGCAGUGUGCCCAGGUGGCCAAGAAAGCCAACGGCACCCUGGCCUCGGUGGAGAAGUUUUCAGGACGUCAUUGGGCUUAUGGAAUCAGCCGUUGUCUAAUUGAGAGUUCUGGUGGUGUUCCCCAGUUCGCUAUAGCUGGUUCUUAA